AACAAAGCUAAAUUUCUUACUUACGUUAUUGCAAGUGGUGUUACAUACGGAGAGGAAAACGAUAUUUUUCACUAUUUUUUUAAGGCAGGUUGGCUUAAUAAAGAAAGUUUAGAUGUCAUAGGAACUGGUAACAAUAUUGUGCCAUCAAUUCAUGUCAAGGACCUUGCCAGCAUUGUUCACCAAGUAUUAUGCACGUGUCCGACAAUACAUUACAUUCUUGCCGUGGAUAAUGGCAACAAUACGCUUCUAGAAAUAGUAAAGGAAAUCUCAAAGGUUCUUACUACUGGUAAAAUCAGACACGUCACAGCAGAAGAGUUGAUACGAGAGGACAAAUUAACGCUGACGCAAAUUGACAGUUUAACGUUGGACUUGCGCUUGGAAGCAAGGUUUGUACACGACAACCUGAAUUUUACUUGGAUCUGUCCGUCAGGCAUGACUGAGUCCAUGCAAACGCUAGUCAAGGAAUACAAGCUAGCUAGAGGUUUGUUGCCAAUCCGUGUUUGCAUUUUGGGUCCUCCACUAUCUGGAAAAACAAAACUGGCUCGCCUACUCAGUGAAUACUAUUCAGUUCCUCAUAUUCAUAUUAAGGGAGUCAUCGACGCUAAAAUAAGACAACUGGAAGAAAAAACGGCGAAAAAAGUCAGGAAACCAGUUAGUGAAGAUGUAAAUGACAACGGUGCCGAAGUUACGGAUGAUGCAGGUGAUAUGAUUGACGAUGAAGAAUUUGAUCCUUUUGAACUCUUGGAACAGAUCAAGGAAACUCUUUCUAGUGAGAAGGGCCGUCUGAGCAACGCACUUGUUUGCAGCUUCCUAAAGAAAAAGCUCAAUUCAAAGGAGUGCUCAAACCAGGGAUAUAUUCUCGACGGCUUUCCCAAGACCAAGGCUCAAGCGGAGCUGCUUUUUGGAGGUGAGUUAAUCUGCAAGACGCGGUCGUGCUUGGAAAAAUUCGAUGGCGAUGAUGAGAUCAACGAUGAUGAAGGAAAUGAUGACGCAGAAAAAGAAGUGGAGGCUGAACAGAGCACUGAGAACACACCUCUUCGAGAAGAAAGUGCAGCUAGAGAACUCAAUAUCCCUGACAUGACUGCUGAAACCAAAUUUUUAGGCAAAGUGUCUCACUCUCCUAGCCCUGAUUCACUGCCCAAGGGGAUUCUCCCAGCAUGUACUAUCUUUCUCCAGGCAACAGACAAAUUCCUCUUUGCCAGAGUUAUGCGACUGACCUCGGAAGAAGUAAAAAAUACUCACAACGAUGAAGAAAACUUUAUCCGACGUCUUCUUACCUAUCGAGCAGCACACGCGGGCUCAGAAGUGGCCGCUCUUAUGGCCAACAACGAACUACGCAAAGGUCUUGAUGAAGAAAUGUUGCAGAAGAUCACAGGGGGUGAAUCGGGAAACCUGGCUCCCACCGAGCAGAUUGCUUCAAUGAUGGCAGGGAGCAUAGACAAAAACUCGUUAUACGCCUUCUUUGAGGACAAAGGCGUCCCUGUUUUUAACUUUGAUGUUGCAAAAGAUCACUCGGGAAAUUUUGUGGAAAUAAUGCGCAAGAUAGGCAUCGCAAUAGGACCACCGAGGAACUAUGGGCCUAAUGCGUUCAAAUACCAAACCGAACCGGAACUGGCUCGUCAAAGUCGGGAACUAGAACUUCAAAGACUUGAGAAGGCUAGAGUCUCAGAAGAAUAUAGACGCAGGGAAGCCAGAAAAAACGAAUUGUCUGAAAUUCUAAAGCAAGUGCGAAAGGAGGAGGAUGAAGCACUGCUAAAGGCUUCAAAACCGCUUCGAGAGUUUCUGGCCAAAUUCGUGAUGCCGACUCUAACCAAGGGCAUUUUCGAGUGUAUCUGGAGGCGUCCAGAGGAUCCCGUUGAUUUCCUGGCUGAGUACCUUUUCAGAAAUAACAUACAAGUUGAUUGA